AUGUCUCAUUUCCCCGAUCUCAAUGCGUCUACUCGCUCUGUCGGGUCUUCUCUCAAGACAUAUCCUCAAUUCCUUCUGUUCGGCGACAGCAUUACCCAGGGUUCGAGCCAUGUCUUUCAUUCCUCUCUGUCCGAAUGGUAUUCCAGGCGACUAGAUGUCCUCAUCCGUGGAUUUAGCGGAUAUACGGCCCCCGUCGGUUACGACACUCUACUCCAAUUCUUCCCCGCGGUGCCUCCGUCCGAUGUUGUCCCUCGAAUCCGACUGAUGACAGUUUUCUUCGGAGCAAACGAUGCCUGCCUCGCAGGGACUCCGCAGCACGUCCCCAUCGGGGAGUACAAACAGUAUCUGAGAAAUAUAGUCAACUAUGAAGGCGUGAAGCUACACCAAACAAACGUGGUCUUGAUAGUGCCUGCUCCCGUCGACGAGUGGCAGCUUGCAACAGGCGAAAGAAAGGCCGCCACAACGGCGAAAUAUGCAUCUGCCUGUCGAGAGGUCGGACAAGAAUUGAACCUACCCAUUCUUGAUCUUUGGACAAUCUUCAUGCUCAAGGCAGGUUGGAAGGAGGGUUCAACAGAUGCCCUUAUAGGGAGCAAAGCAGCACCACAGAACCAAGUGCUUGGGGAGCUGUUGUCGGACGGGCUACAUUUCACGCCUGCGGCAUAUAGACUGGUGUUCGAGGAGCUGGUCAAGAUUAUUCAGAAUGAGUUGCCCGACCAAGUGCCAGAAAAUCUUCCAUUUGUUUUUCCGGACUGGAGAACGAAGUUGGGAGCAGAAAUGUGGCGUUAG